AUGUGUUGUACCAUUGCUUGCAAUGAUGGUGCCAAAGAAGUAUUUGAUGGAUGCAUCAUGGCUGCAGAUGGUCCAAGUACUCUGAAAAUGUUAGGCAAAGAGGCAACAUGCGAUGAAACAAGAAUACUGAGUGCUUUCCAGUAUGUCGAUAGUGAUGUUUUCCUUCAUUGUGACAAAACAUUCCUGCCUCACAACCUGACAACAUGGAGUGCUUGUAACUUUCUUGGAACCAUGAAUAGUAGAGGAUGUGUGACAUAUUGGCUCAAUAUAAUCCAGAAUCUUGGUGACUCAAAGCUGCCUUAUCUAGUAACUGUUGAUCCUCCUCACUCACCAGAGCAUACGUUGCUUAAGUGGACAGCGCGCUACCCAGUCCCCUCAGUUGCUGCAUCAAAAGCUUCAUGUGAGCUACAUCAAAUCCAAGGGAAGAGAGGAAUAUGGUUUUGUGGAGAAUAUCAAGGAUAUGGCUUCCAUGCGAAUGGACUAAAGGCGGGUGUGGUUGCUGCAGAUGGCAUGCUUAGAAGGAAUUCUGGUAUUUUAGAUAACCCCAAGCAUAUGGUACCAACCUGGCCUGAAACUGGAGCACGCCUCAUUGUUACUAGAUUUUUCAAAAGUUACAUUCAAACAGGAUGCAUAAUCUUGUUGGAAGAAGGAGGUACAAUUUUCACCUUCCAAGGCAUAGAGAGUAAAUGCUCACUGAAAGUUUCUCUUAGAGUUCAUAGUAUGCAGUUUUACUGGAAGGUUGCAACUCAAGCUGACAUAGGCCUUACUGAUGCCUUUAUUCAUGGGGAUUUCUCUUUCGUUGAUAAGCACGAAGGUCUUCUUAAUCUUAUCAUGAUAUUUAUUGCCAACAGAGAUUUGAAACAAUCUGUCAAGAGCGCUGGAGGCUGGUGGAGACCACUUAUUUUUACAGCAGCACUGUCAUCUGCAAAAUAUUUCUUUCGACAUGUUUUAAAUCGAAACACCCUGACUCAAGCUCGUCGGAAUAUCUCUCGUCAUUAUGACCUGAGUAAUGAACUCUUCUCACUCUUUCUGGAUGAGACAAUGACAUACUCAUGUGCAAUAUUCAAGAGUGAGGAUGAAGACCUGAAAGUUGCACAGCAGAGAAAGAUUUCUCUUCUCAUUGAAAAGGCCAAAAUUAGCAAGGAACAUCACAUUUUAGAGAUUGGAUUUGGCUGGGGAUGUUUUGCUGUGGAAGUUGUCAAGAACACAGGAUGUAAGUAUACUGGUAUCACUCUCUCUGAGCAGCAACUGAAGUAUGCACAGUUGAGAGUUGAGCAAGCCGGCCUUCAGGAUCAAAUUACAUUUCUCCUAUGUGAUUAUCGCCAAAUCCCAAAUAAGGACAAAUAUGACAGGAUUAUAUCAUGCGAGAUGUUAGAGGCUGUUGGUCAUGAGUUUAUGGCAGAAUUCUUUACUUGCUGUGAAUCUGCACUGGCAGAAGAUGGCCUUCUUGUCCUGCAGUUCAUUUACAUACCAGACGAUAGGUAUGACAGUCACAGGCAUAGCACAGACUUCAUGAGAGAGUAUAUAUUCCCAGGCGGAGGCUUGCCUGCACUAAGUCCAGUAACAUCAGCCAUGGCUGCUGCAUCAAAACUAUGUGUAGAGCACCUGGAAAAUAUAGGAAGUCAUUACUAUCAGACACUGAGAUGUUGGAGAAAAAACCUCCUGAAAAACAAGAGCCAACUUUGUGCUUUGGGAUUCGAUGACAAGUUCAUCAGGACAUGGGAGUACUACUUUGACUAUUGUGCUGCUGGAUUCAAAACAUGCACGAUAGGAGAUUAUCAGAUUGUAUUUUCAAGGCCAGGCAAUGUUGCAACAUUUGGUGAUCCUUACAAUGUUGCUAUGCCUUCAGCUUGUUAG